AUGAGCUCGUUUUGGAACUUCAUAAAAUCGAAGAAAAAUGAUGACGGAGAACCAAAGCCCACUGUUGCUCAUUUAGGAGAGGAAAACAAAUUUUAUUAUAAUAAGGAAUUAAAAAGAUGGGUAGUAAAAGGAGAAGAAGAUAAAAUUGAAACAGAAGAAAAAAUUGCUCCCCCUCCUCAAAUGAGUGCUUUACAAAAUGCUAGCAGUGGAUAUCGUUCAUUAAUUCAACAAAACAAAACUAGAAGCGCAAGAACGAUGUAUGCUGAAAUUCCUGGGCUUAAAACAAUAAAUAAAAAAAACACAAUAGUUCAGGGUGGAAUUAUAUCACCAUAUAUGGGGUCGUCAAAUAUUGAUAAGAAUAAAAAUAUUCCGAAUGAUAACAAAAAGGAAUUGUUUGCAUUUAAUACGUUUAUUCCUAAAAGUGAAAAUGAAGAAAAUAAAGAGAGUAGAGAAGUCGAACCAAAUAUUAAUAAGCAAAAUGAAAAAAGACAUGAUGGAGAUAUAUUUAAGGAAGAAGAAUUCACUAACAAUCUGAAUAAAAUUUCUGAUAAUGUUUUAGAUGGUAAUAAAAAUAAUAUACCGUUCGAAUCGAAUCAUAUAAAUGAUAAAGAACGAACAAGUUUGUCAAAAGAUAAUUUAUUUAAUUUGAAUGAAAUUAACAAAAAUAAGUAUGAUUCAAAAAAUGAUGAUAAUAAUAAUAAUUUACUAUUUUCUGAAAAUCAAACACUGAUACCAGCAAAGGUAAAUGAAGUGACUGAAAUAGAAGCAAGUAGAACCCCCAAUUAUGAAAUAAAUAGAGUCCCAAAUUAUGAAAUAAAUAAAUCGAAAGGAAUACAUCCAAAUAUACCCCAAUUUAACAACCCUGCACAAUUACCGACAGAAAUAAAUAUCAAAAAUAAUAUAAAUUAUGAUAAUAUAUCUCCUAAAAUUAAUUCUAAAGGUGUAAUUGAAAAUUUAGAAAAUAAAAAUAAAGAAAUUAAAAGAAUUUCUAUGGACAAUUUCGAAUUUAAUAACCCAAUUUCUAAUCAUAUAAAUAAAAGAAAUAGUACAACGGUUGUUAGAUCCGUUUUUAAUCCUCAAUUAGAAUAUAAUAAUGUUGAAAAUAAUGAAAUUCGAAAAUUUAAUACUAUUGGUAAUAAUUAUAUGAAUAUUGGUAGAGAAAACGAUAUAUUAAAUAUCUCUCCAAAAGUUAUAGAAAAAAUAAAUCGUAGAAAUACACAUCAGUUAUUUAAUGAAUCAAGUAAUAUAUCAACUGAUAAACUAACAAUACAUAAAGUUACUAGCCCCUUUUUAUUUGAUAAUAUAAAUAAUGAUUCUAACACAAAUGUUAGUAAUGAAAUUCCAGAAAAAGGGGGGAAAAUGGAAAAAGUGGAAAAAAUGGAGAAAAUGGAAAAAAUGGAGAAAAUGGAAAAAGUGGAAAAAAUGGAAGAAUUUGAAAAAAUGGAAAAAUCUAAUGAACAUGUAAAUAGCUUUUCUAUGUUUAAUUUAGAUAAAGGGGUGUCUGUGGAAAGCACAUCAAAUAUUAUAGCUAUGGACGAAAACCCUAUAAUUUUGAAUGAUUCUAAUACAAUUAAUAAAAAUAAUAUCAUAGAUGCAGAAAGUGAUAAAUUAGUUCAAAAUAUUUUAGAUAUGAUAAAAAUUAAGUUACAAGAUGACAACAAAAAUAACAUAGAUACUAUUAUAAAAAAUGAAUCAAAACGAAUUACUUCUUUAUUGGAAGAAAAAACGGGUUCUAUGGAAAUUUUAUGUAAUAAAAUAUGUCAAUUAAAAAAGAAAAAUGAAGAUGUAGAAGAUAAAAAUGAUACUAUUCGUGAAGAAACACAUCAAAUUAAUAUUGAUAAGGAUAAAGAAAAUGAAAUUAAUAAUUUAUUAUAUGUCAUAAAUAUAAAAAACAAAAAGAUUAAAGAAGAAUUAGAAGCAUUUACUAAUUCUUUUAAUGUUUUAAAAAAAUUAAAAAUGAAAAAUGAUGAAAUUAUUAAUAUAUAUAAAAAUAGAGAAAAUGUGUUUUUAACCACUAUCAAUAAAUUAGAAGAAAAAAGAAAACUAAAAUAUGCCGAAUUUAAAGAAAAGGAAAAACAAUACAAAGAAUUGAUAAUGAAAAAAGAAGAAUUAUUAAAAAUCGAACAAAUAAAUAAUAAGAAAAAUAUAGAAACUUUUAAAAAUCAAGAACAAAUGUUAAAAGAUGAAAUUCAAAAAAUCGAAUUAAAAACCAAAGAAAAAAUCGAAGAAUUAAAACAAGAUUUUGAAAAAACACAAAAAAUAAAUAUGGAAAAUUUGGAAAUGGAAAAAGAAUCUUUUAUAAAUAAUAAUCUAGAAAAUGAGAUAAACAAAAUGAAGGAAAAAUUAGAGGAAAAAUAUGAAACACAAAUUAAAGAAACCGAAAUGAAAUAUAAAUAUCAAAUAAAAGAAGAAAUUGAAAAAACCAAACAAAAUGCAGAACAAAAUUUUAAUUCUAAAUUUGAAAAAUAUAAAGAAAAUCUUGAAAAAAAUAAAAAUGAUUUUAUAAAUAAUUUAAUUAUUGAAAAAAAUAAUGAAAUUGAAAGUUUCAAAAAUGAUAUCGAACAAAAAAAAUUCAAAGAAAUGGAAAAAUUUAAAGAAGAAAAUGAAAAAUUAUUACAAAAUAAUUUUGAAAAUAUGAAAAACCAUUUUAUAGAAGAACAAAAUAAACAUAUUGAAAAUAUAAAAAAAGAAUAUGAGUUAAUCAAAAACAAUGAAAUUGAAUAUUUGAAAGAAGAAAUGAAAAAAAAUAAAAUUCAAGAAAUAGAAAAUGUUGAACUAAAACUAGCCGAUGAAAAAAAUAAGCACAUUGAUGAUAUGAAAAAAGAACUCGAAAAUAUAUACAAUGUUGAAAUAAAUAAUCUGAAAGAAAAAAUAAAUGCAGAACAAACAUUAGCUCAAGAAAUGCUAGAAACACAACGCAAUGAAUAUGAACAAAAAUUGGAAAUUCAACGUAAUGAAUAUGAACAACAGUUGGAAAUUCGACGCAAUGAGAUGGAAAAUAAACUAAUUGAACAAAGAAAAGAAUCAUAUGAUCUUGGAUCAAAAAAAGAAAGUGAAAUACAAAUAUUAACUGAUAAAAUUGAAAAAUUAAAAAUGGAAAUAGAAAUUAUAAAUAAAGAAAAAAUCGAUUUAGAACAUAACAUAUCAAUACUAAAUGAUGAAAGAGAAAAUAUUUUAAAUCAAAAUAAAAACUUAGAAGACAAUUUAAAAAAUAAUGAAGAUAUAUAUAAUAAAAAAAUAAAUAUAUUAAAUGAUGAAAAAUUGAAAUUAGAAAAAGAAAUUGAACAUAUUAAAGAAAAUGGUGCAAAAGAAUCAGAUCAAAUUCGUGAACAAUUUGCAGAUUUAUUACAAGAAGAAAUUGAUAGAAUUAAAAAAGAAUCGAAAGAAAAAGUAAAUAUCUAUAUACAACAAUAUAAUGAAAUAAAUGAAGAAUAUGAAGAAAAAAAAAAAGAAUAUAAUGAUCUAUUAGAAAAGGCUAAUGUAUCAAAUAAACAGCUAACUGAAAAAUGUGAAGAAAAUAUCCAAAAAAUAAAUGAAUAUGAAGAUAUGAUUAAAAUGCUUGAAAAUCAAACUGAAGUUUUAGUUACUAAAAAAAUUCAAGAAUUAAAUGAAGAUUUUUUGAAAAAAAAAGAAGCUUUUGAUAAUGAAAAAAAUGAUUUGUUAAAAAAUUAUGAACAUGCAAUAACUGAAAAUAAACAUAUUAAAGAACAGCUAGAAAAUUUUACUAAUUCAAAUGAAGAAAAAAUAUCACAAAUAAAAAAUCAAUAUGAAACACAAAUUAAAGAAAUGCAAAUUCAUUUUGAUGAGUUAUUAAAUGAAACAAAAAAUAAAAAUAAUGAAAUGUUAGAAGAUAUUGUAAAAGAGCAAAAUGAUAAAGAACAAUCAAUUCAACAUAUGAAUAGUGUCAAUACUGAAUUAGUUACAAAAAAUGAACAACUUAAUCUUAAUAUUACUGAAAUUAAAAAUGAACUAUCUAAUUUCCAAGAAAAAUAUGAUAAAUUAGUUAAAGAAAAUAAUCAUCUAAAAAAUGAAGAACAAACAAAAUUUUUAGAUAAAAUACUUGACCUAGAAAAUGUUAACAAACAUUUAAUGGAAGUAACAGAAAAAGAAAGAGAAAUUAAUAUCAAAAACGUUAAUAUUAUUAAGUCUUUACAAAAUCAAAUAAAUGAACAAACAAAAUUGUAUAAAGAAUAUACAGAUGAGUUAAAAGAUGAAAUUUUGCAAUUAAAAAAACAAAAAAAAAACUCAAUCGAUAGUAAUGUUCCAAUUGAUGCAAAUUCUUCUAUUAAUAAUGCUCUUAUAGAAGAAAAUAAAAAAUUGAAGCUACAAAAUGAAGUUAUAAGCACAAAAAAUGAUACAAUGUCAACUGUACUAGAUAAUCUAACAAAACGAUUGAGUUUUAUUGAAUCAAAAAUAAAAGAAGAAAAAUAUGGAAAUGAUAUAAUAAAACAAGCAAACGAUUUACAGUUACAAGGAUUUAAUUAG